UCUUAUUCAAAUUAUUGCCCAUCAACCCUAUAUUUCCUUCAACUUUAUUGUAUUAAGCAAAUACAUUUUCCUUAUAUUUUUAUCAUCUUUCCGCCCUUCCUAACACUAUAUAUACUUGUUCUAUUUACAUUAUUCCCAGUGCUCUUCGGAGCCACCAUAAUUAGGUCAUUUUUAAUAAAUAUAAAAUAUGUCUACCACAGACAUAAUACGGACAGUCCGCAACUUUACAUUGCGAAUUUUCUCUUAAUCUCUCCCGGGCUUCAGUACUCGAUCAAAAAAUUAUCGGCAUUUAAAGUCUCUAUUAAAGUCUUUUUUAUAUCCAUUAAAUUUAAGACUCGCACAAAUUGCUAUUUUCCAUUUUCCUAAAGUCCGCAAAUUUAAUCCGCAAAUCAUACGAUAAUAUUAUCAAGUCAUAUUUGUGGAUAGAACUAAUUUUUAAGAUUUAAUAUUUCGAUUUUUUAGUUUUUUAUUGAAAGCUGAUAUUUAUGUUUCGUGUGACACGUUUGGGAUUAGCAAAGACUUGUGGGCAAGGACGUCUUCUUGUAUCUUCUCUUUCAAAUGAUAAGAAUGCUGGUUUUGGUUUGAAGGUAUUUGAGAAACAGAACUCUAAACAAUUUAUUGGAUCUAAUUUUCCUAGUCGCCAUUUCUCUAGCUACAGAUACUUCUCUGCGGCCACUGAAGAUGAAAAGGGAAAGUUUUCAAGUUUUGCACAAAAAGCCAUGGACAAGAUAAAGAAAAUUAAAAAAGAAGUUUCAGACGAUCCUUUUGAAUUUUUUAUGCCUUUUCUUAUUGUCUCUGUACUUAUAUUUUCUCUUAAACGUAAAAAUGGUUAAUUUUAAGAUUUUUAACCAAGAUACUAAUUUUUUAAAAUAAACCUUAAAUACUUAUUAAUUAGAAUUUUUACACGUAAAUAUACUUUAAUUUGAGAAUUAAUCUUUUAAAAAUAUCGUUACUUGUGUUUUUUUCCAUCGUGUUUUUGCGGACAAUUGUACUUCUUAAUCUCAAAGAAUACAUGCCCCCCUUAAUGGGAUCACCCCAGAGUAUCG